GCGGAAUGCAAUCAGUAUUUGGAUGAAACGUGUACUUGCUUUGUUAGGGAUGGAAAAACGUACUGUAAAAGGGACUAUAUCAGGUUGUACGGGAUCAAGUGUGCGAAGUGCAGCAUCGGCUUCAGCAAGAGCGACUUCGUGAUGCGGGCCCGCUCCAAGGUCUAUCACAUCGAGUGUUUCCGCUGCGUGGCCUGCAGCCGCCAGCUCAUCCCGGGGGACGAGUUCGCUCUGCGGGAGGACGGCCUCUUCUGCCGGGCGGACCACGACGUGGUGGAGAGGGCCAGCCUGGGGGCCAGCGACCCGCUCAGCCCCUUGCACCCGGCAAGGCCCCUGCAGAUGGCAGCAGAACCCAUUUCUGCCCGGCAGCCCGCCCUCAGGCCCCAUGUCCACAAGCAGCCAGAGAAGACCACCCGGGUCCGGACAGUCCUUAAUGAGAAGCAGCUUCAUACAUUGCGGACCUGCUACGCUGCCAACCCCAGGCCCGACGCCCUGAUGAAGGAGCAGCUGGUGGAAAUGACCGGCCUGAGCCCCAGGGUCAUAAGGGUCUGGUUCCAAAACAAGAGGUGUAAGGACAAAAAGAGGAGCAUCUUGAUGAAGCAGAUCCAGCAGCAGCAACCCAAUGAUAAGACAAAUAUUCAAGGGAUGACAGGGACCCCUAUGGUGGCUUCCAGUCCCGAGAGACACGACGGCGGGUUACAAGCUAACCCGGUAGAGGUGCAGACUUACCAGCCUCCAUGGAAGGUCCUCAGUGACUUUGCCCUGCAGAGUGACAUUGAUCAGCCGGCCUUCCAGCAACUGGUUAAUUUUUCAGAAGGGGGACCAGGAUCCAAUUCCACCGGCAGUGAAGUGGCCUCUAUGUCCUCUCAGCUCCCAGACACCCCUAACAGCAUGGUAGCCAGCCCCAUUGAGGCAUGAGAAGAAUGAACUCUGUGGUCUCCCAAACCCCCUUUUUUGUAUUGGAUAAAUCGGGACAUAUAUUGGCUCGGACUUCAACACAAAAAAAAGUAUUUGACGACCUAGCUUGAUGCACCAGAGCACCCAGGAUAGUCCAUCUGAUGUAUGGAGGCCGUCUGGAGAUGAUGGCAUGGUAGCAACACUGUGAAGACAAUCAUUGGGAUCUUACUAGGAUUGAACAAUAUCCAAUAUGGUCGUAGGAGCAUUACCAGUCCAGGACAAGGAGAAAAGUAAUAACAGAAAAGGGCAUAGAGGAUUUAUAUCUGUGGAUCUCCAAACAUAAGCAUUAAUAUAUUUCCCUGAUCACCUUUCACAACGACAGGCCACGAUGGAGAGAUGGUACAGGUGAUCUUAAUCCGAAUGGUGCUGUUUUAUCUAUAUAACAUCACUUAAUCAUUGCCUUGCCAAACAGGAGCUCCAUUCAGUCUGGGACUGUAGAGCAGCUAAAUGGACAAUGACUGAAGGGAUCCUGGAGGAUUACAGGUGGAGCUGUUUUACGUUGGUUAGCAAUGUUUUAAAUUAACUCUAACAAGGGGGAACUGUUAAAAAAAAAAUAAUCCAGGUCUCACAUAGCAUGUAACUGUUUCAUUACAUGAAGUCCAAAAAAAAUCCUCUAAAACAUUGCUUUUUUUUUUUUUUUUUUUUUUUUUUAAAUCUGCCUUUAAUUAUUAUUAUUUUUUUUUUAUUAUUAUUUUCCAAAAAAGACAAUUCUAAAAAGCAUUGCAACAACAAGUUAUACCUCUAUUUUGCCACAGGCGUCUCUGGAUUGUGUGUGUGAUUCUUUGACAAAGAACUUUUAUCCCCCCCCCCCCCCCUCCCCCCUUCCCAAAGAUGUGUAUAGUUAUUGGUUCAAACGACUGUUCUCUCUCUGGGAAAUAAGGAGAAAGGGAAUCAUUUUGUUUGCUAUUGCAUUGCAAAAAAAAAAAAAAGAAAAAAAAAAGAAAAAAAAGUUAUAAAGUUAUUUAUUAUUUAUUGUCGAAAGACUUGCCACUUUUCAUGUUAUUUGACUAUAUAUUUUUUUUGUUUG